AUGCUACAGGGAAAUAUAUGGUUGUCACUUGUAAGUUUCUGGCAGAUUAUCUGCGAUGACUGGAAGCAAACCUUGCUGAUUGCUGGUUUUUUUGGAUGUUUCUCUCUACAGGCUAUCAUUGCGAUCUGUUCGCGUUUCAUUUGGAGACUCUUUUUCCAUCCGCUAAGCCGGUUUCCCUGUCCCAAACUGGCAGCAAUAUCGAAUCUGCCUUAUGUUAAGUGGAGUCUCAACGGCGAGCUUCAUACAAAAAUCCAGGAAUUGCAUGAUAGAUACGGCGAUGUGAUUCGGAUCCGCCCCAAUGCCCUAACCUACCGGAACGCACAGGCCUGGGCGGAUAUCUACUCGCAUCGCAAGACUGGCAACCCGGCUUUUGACAAAGAUCCCCAGUUUUAUAUAGCUUCUUCCAGCGGCGGGAAACCUAACUUGAUCAAUACUAAUAAAGAGGACCAUAGUCACCAGAAGCGGCUAUUGACGCAUGCAUUUUCUGAGCGGUCCUUGCGAGAUCAAGAAGAACUGAUUCUUGGAUACAUCGACCUCUUCAUUGUUCGAUUGGACAAUUAUGCCACCCAAGUUUCAAAUGACCAGCAUAAUGCCCUGGACCUUGUACACUGA